AUGGAUCCCUCUCUGAAUUAUCCUCAAAUCUACAAAGCUCUUAGUGUUGAUGUUAAGAAGAAAUUAAACGAGAUAAAUAAGUGUGACGAACAGGCUACUGACUAUGCUUGUGUAGCGAAAAGUUUGGCCGUCCAAGAAUGUCAUGAAUUAGCGGCAGUCUUUUUACUGGGCAAAGCAAAAUGUGAAUUUGCUGCUAAAAAUCUGACUUCUGAAGCAUCAACAUUAUUUACAGCUGCAAAAUAUUUUAUACAAGCUGAUGAUAAAUUAAUUUCAACCAAUUCUAUUAAUUAUGAGGAUAAUUUAAAUUGUGCGAUUCUUUGUUUAUUAAGAGCAGCAAGAAUCUAUGAAUUGAAUGAACUUUUCACAUUAGCGACAAAUGUUUACAUUUAUCUGGUGGAUACGUUAAUGAGACGAUGUAAAUUUCAUCAAUCUAUACCUUAUAUAAAACGAUCUAUAGAAAUUGUAUCCAAAGAUAUACUAUUAAGUUUAGAAUUAUAUAAACGUUUAAGUUAUUGUCAAUUAUAUAUACAUGAUUGGCCUGGUGCAUUGUAUACUUUUAUAUGUAUACAAAAUUUAACAAAAAAAGAAUUUACAUUGAAUUCAUUUGAUCUUUAUAUACAAUAUUGGAGUAUAUCUGAAAUAUUUCGAGUAUUACUUAUACUUCUAUGUAUGCCUUCCAAUAAAUUACAUAAUCUUGAUUCAUCUGAUUAUUCUUUAAAACAAUAUGAUAUAAUUGUAAAUGAUGAAAAAGUUGAAGAUUUAUGUAAAUCAUCUACAUUGAAUUCGGUUUACUUGGAUAAUAAUUUAUUUAUUCUAUUACAGUCAUUUGUGUUGGCACAUCAAUCAAAAGAUAUUGUAGAAUUAGAAUCACUUUCAGUUAUGCUUCAAUCAUUUGUAAAUUUAGAACAACGUGAAUUAAUCAGUUUAAUUCUUCGUGAAAUAAUAGUGGAUACAUCGUGA